GCGUGGCAACAAUGUGUGAGCCGCCGCCGCCGCAAUCAUGGAGAGGCGUUGUGUCAACACAGCUGAGUUAAAAAUAAGUGUUUUCCGAUCUCAGUGUACUGUUCCACGAGUGUCAUCGCAUAGCUUUUGAUGUUGUUUGCAUAAGAAGCGGCCGAAAAGUCAUGGUCAGUUUGGCAGACCACGAGACGUUUGAGGCUUCCACGGCCGACAGUGUAAACUUUAUGUACAAGGAUGCAACACCACUUGUGAACCCAGUCUCAGCACCUGAACUUGAGCCACCUUUCAGGAUUGUGAGGAGCUCUGCAGCUAUCAUCUUUCAGGGUCUGAGUCUUGUUGCCAUGGCUGGGUUGAGCUUCGUGUUGCCCGCAGUAUCCAGUGGCGGCAACCGUUCUCCCACUGAUGCUUAUUCAGUUAUCUUGUACACACACACCUGCCUGUGGGUGACCAUGAUACUGAUCGACUGCUACCUGCGCCGCCAGCACAACAUCCUCCACUGCAGUGGAUACAUAUACUACUACCAGCUCACCAGACGCCUUCGCAGAGCAAAUGUGUACAUUGUGUCAGCAGGAAGCACAAUGCUCCUCUUAUUAUCCGUGCUUGUUGACAACUACUGCCAUGACCGAGGUGCCUGUCCUGGCUCCUCUCUGAAGCCCGUCAACUACAUCCAGAUUCUCCUCACACUCGAGACAAUCUUGGCCUUGCCUUUCCUUAUCAAGUACCUUGUGAUGACACUGAACUUCCACAAGAACAAGCACAAGCUAGAUUCUCUUCAUGAUGAGCUUCUUCUCAGCUUCAUGCAUUCACAGUCAUCAGCUGGUGAUCUUGGUUUUCGGGAUGACAACUAUUUUGAAGAUGUCUUGGAGAAGCAGUCAGACAUGAUCCGCUACUUGAAGAAAUACAAUGCUUUUCUCGGACGAAAGAUACUAAAUCUCAGUGUUGAACUGAACAACUUCAGGUCGCACACGUCUUGCUAAGAAUCUGGACAGUGUUAUAAUAUGCGUGUAUAAGUGUGUGUGUGUGCGUGUUUUACUGAUAUGUCGAACUGUUUGUUUUUAACUGUCUUCAAAGAUUUUAUUAAAAUUAAAAAAAAAUACAUUGUUUAAAGAAAUUGUCUUCUCGCCAUUUACUUUAUAAGGUUUGUGCUUUGAGCUCAAUGCUAACCUGUAGUUUUCUUUGAUUCUACUGAGAUGAUAAAAUAAGGGAUGCAUUGUUUAAAGGAAUUGCCUUUUUGCCGUGGCUUUGUGAGGUUGUGUUUACAGUUCAAUGCUGUCAUUUAGUUUCCUGAGGUUUUUAUUGAAAUGAAUAAAAAGGUGACAGAUUAGGAAAACUAAGCAAUUCUCACAAUCACUGUAAGGUUUGUGCUAACGUCUAGCUUUCAGAGAUUUUAAUGCAGCAAUAAAAAAUGACACAUUGUUGCAUUUUUUGCAUUAAUUGCAUUUUCGCCCUAACUUGUCUUGAGUUUGAUGCUGAUGUUUCAAGUUGUGUCCUGCAAAUGAAUGGCAGUGCAAAGUUGCUCCAUCCUGUAACUUUCACUGCAGCUUGCCAUUCUAUUGUUGCCAAAGAGCUUUAUUGCACUAGUUCUCUACAUUAUAAUGUUAUGUUGCUGUAUUGCUGCUUCUCAGGGUGUUUAGUCUAAUAAAUACUGCUUCCUUAUAC